GCCCCAGGACUAGGAGGCGACCCUCCAGCUCUGGCAGUCUGCACUGUCCCCUCGCUUCUCGUUGGUUGGACUGCGUGACCGGGAGAGGCUGGACAGGUCAGGUCGUUCACUCUUCGGCCCGCCCAGGCCUUUCUCUGGCAAAACUGGGGAGCGCUCUUUUCCCUGCUCUUUCGCUUGAUCGCAGGCAUGGCAGCCCCUUCUAUGAAAGAAAGGCAGGUUUGCUGGGGAGCUCGGGAUGAGUACUGGAAGUGUUUAGAUGAGAAUCUAGAAGAUCCUUCUAAAUGCAAGAAAUUAAGAAGCUCCUUUGAAUCCAGUUGUCCCCAACAGUGGAUAAAAUACUUUGAUAAAAGAAGAGACUACUUAAAAUUCAAAGAAAAAUUUGAAGCAGGAGAAUUCAUCCCUUCAAAAACAACUACCAAGUCCUAGACUAUUGCUGAACUUUUCAGAAAGGUUGGAACUAUUUUUUCUGGACAUUCAAAAAUAUUCCACUGACUCUGGGAAAUUAAGUUGAAUCAUGGUACUCUGGUUCCAUAAUCAUAAAGACCUCUUAAUAUGCUCUUAAUUAUUAAAAGUGACCAAUUAACAAAAGAGUCUUAUCAUUCAAAGUAUGAAGAACAGAAA